AAAAACUAUCUGGGUUUUUACAUUUUAAAAGUAAUACUGAUAUAAAAUGUGACAAUUCUAGCCAAAAUGUUAACAAUGAAUAUCCAGAUUAACUUUUAUUUAAACAAUGAUCUAAAAAGCAUGAACAUAUAAAGAAACUCCCACAAUUAGAGUCGUAAAUAUUUACAACCCAACAUUCCUAUUUAACCUUUUUAGCACAAUGCUCAUCAUCAUGGCAUAAGCAGGGUCAAAGGCACCACUGAAUGUAUUUUCAGUCACAUAGAAGCACUUGAACUAUUCCGCUUGGUUUUCCUCAAAAGCACAUUAAAUGCUUUCGGUUAGGAGCUGAAUACAUAAUUAAUACUUCAUUAUGGAGUAUAAUGGCAGUAAAAAUACAACUCAUGCAUUUACAUUUAGCAAACAUCACUUCCUUCAACGCGACUCAUUUAAUAAGCCAAUACAUACUAUAUAUCCUAAUAGUAUUGUAUAAGUAUUAAGUGUUAUGUUGUCCUGUGUACUGUAGCCAUAGCAACAUUGAAAGAGUGCACACUGGACAUAACAUUAGGAACACCUUCACAUCUAAUAAGGGCCAUCCAUGCAGUAUUCCCUCGUUUAUUGCGGAUAGGUUCCCAAAAUAACCUGCAACAAGUGAAAUCUGCUAAAUAGCCAACCUUAUGUUUUUUUGCAAUUACUAUACAUACAGUAUAUGUUCAAACACAGUAAAACCCCUGACUUUUAAACUUUAUACACUUUUAUACACUCAAACAGGCACACUCGUUUAAACACUAUCAAGGUUCAAAUUUCGACAUAAAAAAUGACUCACAGCUCUAACGUUUUAGUAUCGUUGUUAAAACAUAUAGCUCCUGGUGUAGUGUUUUACUCCUUGUGGUACCCCAAGAACUGAAAAUUUAUUUACAGUAUUAUUCCAUAAUGGCGUCCUAGCUAAGAUCGCUAGCAAAGAGAAACAUAGCAGUGGCACGUGAAGGAGCUUGACUGACAAUGGGCAACAGCCAAUCAGAAUGCAGAACAUAAUGAGCGGGUUCUCCCUUAGCCAAUCAGGACUGUUGAGGGUGUCGACACAUACAGAGACAUGCCCGGACAUAUACACCCUCUACUGGUAGCAGUAGUAAAUAUAACAACACACAUACAACAGAGCACCUAGAUCCUCUUAUACGUUGUUAAAAAUAUGCAAAAUUGCGAGGGAACACUGUAUUACUAAUAGUUUGACUAUUUUACGGAUUACAGAUCAGGUGUUCCUAAUGAAGUGUCUGGUCUGUGUACAUGGCAACAGGCGCUGGGCGGAGUCCCGAUGCUGAAUUCAAUUAGCAUUAGCAUUCAAUUAGAACAUUCAUCCGGAGUCCAAAUGUGAGCUAAAGUUAUAUCAAGUGACAAACGUGCAUGCUUCGUGUGAAUCUAUAAAGCUUUCGUAACUCCUACAAGACUCCAAAAUCAAACAAAACAAAGGACGUCCUUCAAAGCUGAAACUCUUCUAUCACACAUCCAUUCCAUGGUGAGGGUCUGAAAGAUAUUGUGGUGCAUUGUCAGACGUACCAACUUGAGAAGAAUGACCCCCCAGCUCAGCUCCACCAGGAGACUGACGGUUUUAUUCAACAGGGUCCCUUUUGGGGAGCACGGCGGCAUUGAAGAGAUGGGAUAAGAGAUGAAGAUGAAAUUGAGCACCAACAGGACAGGAUGGAGGACGAGGGGAACAACAAGAAGGAAAAAAGACUCCUGAUCCAGUUGAUGACAGUGUUUAUGGUAUGAGGACGGUUGUUUGGCAGAGACCAGAAUGUGUGAGGAGCCCCAGGGACACACCUGGUGUGUCUCCACCCAUCCAAGGACAUUUCACCAGCCUCUAUUUCCCAUGGUUCUUUCAGCCUGAGGGCGAGCCACACAGCACAAGUUUGCAGUACCGGGCGUGAGGAUGUUAUCUCGGGAUUAUUUGUGGGCUCCACUGGUGUUGCUGGUUGUUGUUGUUUCCCAUUUCCCAAGUAAAGCACAGGAUCAAGUUCCACCUCCGAGGAGGCUGCGUUUCAAAGCGUUGAACUCCAACACCCUGCUCGUCACCUGGAAGGAGCCCAAAGGAGACUUUGACAGCUACCUGUUCCUCUACAACAGCAUACCAGGUGGUCAUCAGCGGGAGAUCAUCAUAUCAAAAAGUGACAGUAAAGUGUUGAUAACCGACUACGACCCGUCCAAGGACUACAUCAUCAGCGUCAUUUCAGUCAGGGGCAGCACUCAGAGUAAACCACUGCAGGGCAGACAUAAAGCUGAGACAGGCAAAGGCGAUGGAGGAGUCAAAAACGAGCCGCAGCGCCUGACUGAUGCGUUCGGUCUUCCUGAAGACGUCAAUGAGAUCUCCGGAGACCAGUUUAUAUGCCACACUGAGUCCAGAGCAGACAUCGUGAUCCUGGUAGAUGGCUCCUGGAGUAUCGGGAGACUCAACUUCCGGUUGGUGCGCAUGUUCCUGGAAAAUCUGGUCAACGCCUUUGACGUGGGCAUCGAUAAGACCAGGAUAGGACUGGCUCAGUAUAGCGGUGAUCCAAGGAUGGAGUGGCACCUGAAUGCUUUCACCACUAAAGAUGCUGUUCUCGAUGCUGUGAAGAACCUUCCUUAUAAAGGAGGAAACACUCUCACAGGCCUUGCACUGUCCUACAUCUUGGAGAAUUGUUUCAAGCCUGAGUCUGGUUCCCGUGUUGGUGUCCCUAAGAUUGGGAUCCUCAUCACCGAUGGGAAAUCUCAGGAUGAUGUUAUCCCACCUGCAGAAAGCCUGCAAAAAGCUGGGGUUGAACUGUUUGCAAUCGGUGUGAAGAAUGCUGAUGAGAACGAGCUACGCUCCAUCGCCUCCGAGCCGGACGACACUCAUGUAUAUAAUGUAGCUGACUUCAACUUUAUGAGCUCCAUCGUGGAAGGACUGACCAGAACAGUUUGUGAACAAGUGGAGCAGCAAGACAAGGACAUCAAGCAACAACAGCCACCAGAGAGGAUUGGACCACCGUCAGACCUGUUGACAUCAGAGAUUACAGCCAGAAGCUUCAGAGUGACAUGGAACCACGCCACUGGGAAUGUGGAGAAAUACAGAGUGGUCUAUUUUCCUGCUCCAGGAGGACAACCACAGCAAUCCGUGGUAGACGGCCAUGACACCUCGGUGGUGUUGCAGCAUCUCAACUCGCAGACCGAAUACCAGCUGUCUGUGUUUGCUGUGAAUGAAAAUGACGCCAGUGAACCACUGAGAGGAUCGGAAACAACUCUGGCUCUUCCCACGGUGACGGGUCUCCAGCUGCUUGAUGUGACUCAUAACAGCAUGAAAGCACGAUGGAAGAGUGUGGAGGGAGCGUCGGGCUACAUGUUGCUUUAUGCACCGCUCACCGAUGAAGGCGACUUGGGGGAGAAGGAGGUCAAAGUGUCCGAUGCAGUGACAGAGAUGGAGUUGGAUGGUCUGAUCCCACACACCGAGUAUACCGUCACUGUUUAUGCUAUGUAUGGAGAGGAGGCCAGCGACCCCAUUGCAAAUCAGCAAACUACGCUACCGCUGAGUCCUCCCAGUAACCUCCAGUUCUCUGACAUCACCCACAACUCAGCACGCAUCAGCUGGGACCCCUCGGGAAGAGGAGUUACGGGUUAUCGCAUCAUGUGGGUCAAGACAGACGGGCAGGUCGCAGAGGAGGUGGAAGUUGGGCCUGUGAACUCAUAUGACCUGAGUGGACUGGCAUCGCUGAUGGAGUACUCGGUAGCUGUAUUUGCUCUGUAUGACGAGGGCCAGUCAGAUCCACUCAAUGAUGGAUUCACAACAACUCCAGUUCCAGGUCCUCAACACUUCCAUUCCAGCGAUGUCCGUCCAGACAGUUUUCGGGUCAUUUGGGACCACUCAGCCGAUGGCAUCAUCGUCUACAGACUCUCCUGGGCUCCAUCCACCGGUGGCGACACAAAGGAGGUGGUGCUAAGUGGAAGUGCUAACCAAUACGCUUUGACUGAUCUACGCCCCUCCACUGAGUAUGAAGUGAUGUUGACGGCAGUUUUCAAAGACCAAUCAGAGAGCGACACUGUCUCUGUCACAGAGACCACAUUGGCCAAGACGGUAACGAUCGCCACCACAACCUCAGCACCCCGUCAAGCAGUGAGAAACCUUCAGUUGAGCGAAGAGACCACCCAGAGCCUGGAGGUAUCAUGGGAGAUGGAUGACCCACGUGUGGAGCGCUACAGGGUGUCCUAUGCCAGCCUCGGGGGCCAUCCCAGAGAACAGACGGUGUUAGUUCCUGGCGGUCAGAAAAGUGCACUGCUGGAGUCGUUACUUCCUGACAGCCGGUACACAGUCAAGGUCACGCCAGUGUACACUGAUGGAGUCGAUGGCAUCAGCGUGUCAACACAAGGCAGCACAUUACCCCUCUUGCCUCCUGAAAACCUCCGUGCAUCGGAGGAGUGGUACAACCGUUUCAGGGUGACCUGGGAUCCGCCACAAGCUCCUGCUGUGGGCUACAAGAUCACUUACCAGCCAGUCUAUGUACCAGGACCAGUCUUGGACACGACUGCGGGUGAAAAUAUAAACUCGGUUCUCCUGAUGAACCUUCUAAGUGGUACAGAGUACAGCGUCCAUGUGACUGCAUCCUACCCUGCAGGACAAAGCGAACCACUGCUCGUGAAUGCCAAGACACUGUUCCUGGGUGUCUCUGGCUUGACCGUCUACCAGGUGCGACCCAACAGCAUAUGUGUGCAAUGGCAGCCUCAUUUGCACGCUACUUUAUACAGAGUCUCCAUCCAGUCUACUCUCAACAGUCAGAGGCAGGAAGUGAGCCUUGGGGGCGGGGCUUCCCGACAAUGCUUCUACGACCUUGUUCCAAGCAGCCAAUAUGAGAUCAGCGUUCAUGCGCAGAUGCAGGAAACGGAAGGACCUCCCGUUUCCAUCACGGACAUGACAUUGCCUGUACCCACUCAGGCUCCGACUGAACCCCCUGCUACGGAGCCCCCGCCCACCAUCCCACCUGCUAAAGAAGUAUGCAAAGAGGCCAAAGCUGACCUAGCGUUCCUGGUGGAUGGUUCCUGGUCCAUUGGAGACGACAACUUCAUGAAGAUCACAAAUUUCCUAUACAGCACCAUCGGAUCUUUGGAUCAGAUCGGAACUGAUGGCACCCAGGUGGCCAUUGCUCAGUUCAGUGACGAUGCUCGGACAGAGGUCCAGUUGAGUUCCCAUGGCAACAAGGAAGCGCUGCUGGAAGCGAUUCAGAGGAUCAGAUACAAGGGAGGCAACACAAAGACAGGCCGAGCCAUCAAGCAUGUGAAGGAGUCCAUUUUCACGUCAGAUGCUGGAGUCAGGAGGGGGGUACCCAAAGUCCUGGUUGUCCUCACUGAUGGACGUUCACAGGACGAUGUGAAUAAAGUGUCCAAGGAAAUGCAAAUGGAGGGAUACAUCAUAUUUGCAAUCGGCUUUGCGGAUGCAGAUUACGGAGAACUAGUCAACAUAGCCAGUAAGCCUAGCGAUAGACAUGUCUUCUUCGUGGACGAUUUGGAUGCCGUGAAGAAAAUCGAGGAGCAGCUUAUUACUUUUGUCUGCGAAGCCGCCACUGCAACUUGUCCAUCUAUUUUGAUGAGCGGAAACGCCAUGGCGGGUUUUCGUAUGAUGGAGAAGUUUGGCCUGGUGGAGAAGGAGUACAGCACCAUAUCUGGAGUUUCUCUGGAGCCAGGCUCGUUCAAUAGCUACCCGUGUUACCGGUUACACCGCGAUGCCAUGGUGUCCCAACCCACCAAGUACCUCCACCCUGAAGGCUUACCUUCUGAGUACACCAUCUCCAUGAUGAUGCGCCUGCUUCCUGAGACGCCGCAGGAGCCCUUUGCAUUGUGGGAAAUCCUCAAUAAAGACAGCGAGCCAUUGGUGGGACUCAUACUGGAUAGCUCUGGGAAGAGUCUGACAUUCUUCAACUAUGACUACAAAGGAGACUUUCAGACUGUCACCUUUGAAGGAACUCAAAUAAGAAAACUUUUCCAUGGCAGUUUCCACAAGCUGCAUGUAACCAUCAGCAAGACGGCGGUGAAGGUUGUGUUGGACUGUACUGCCGUUGGGGAAAAAGGCAUCGAUGCAGCUGGGAACAUCACCACGGAUGGUGUGGAGGUCUUGGGGCGCAUGGUGCGGUCUCGAAACCGACGGAGCAACUCUGCCCCGUUCCAGCUCCAGAUGUUUGACAUCAUCUGCAGUACUUCCUGGGCCAGCAGGGAUAAGUGUUGUGAACUGCCAGCUAUGCGUGUUGAAGAGGACUGCCCCUCAAUGCCUCACUCCUGUACCUGUUCCCAAGACAGCAAAGGACCCCCAGGACCAUCCGGGCCCCCUGGUGGUCCAGGCAUAAGGGGGGCACGAGGAGACCGAGGGGAACCUGGAGUGACGGGACCUCAUGGGCCUGUGGGAGAGAUUGGCCCUAUUGGACCACCCGGACCACCAGGUCCUCAGGGACCCAGUGGUCUUUCUAUUAAAGGACCCCCGGGGCCUGCUGGGGAGAAGGGAGAGCAAGGAGAGAUCGGUGCAGCUGGGCCAACGGGUGUUCCUGGAAGCCAAGGUUCCCCCGGUAGAGACGGCCCCCCAGGAGCGAGGGGUCUGCCAGGUAACAACGGACCUCAGGGCCGACAAGGACCACCGGGGCCUCUUGGAGCCCCUGGUGCCCCUGGUGCUACAGGACCGAAUGGGUCAACAGGACCCCAAGGGAAUCAAGGACUUCCUGGUCCUGCUGGUAUCAAAGGAGACAAAGGAGAAAGAGGUGACGUGCAGUCCCAAGCAGCCGUGCGUGCCAUCGCACGCCAAGUAUGUGAGCAGCUCAUUCAGAACCAUUUGUCCCGUUACAACUCCGUCCUCAACCAAAUCCCAGCCCAGUCAGCCAUUUCGGUGCGUACCGUGCCCGGACCGCCUGGUGAACCCGGUAGAAGAGGCCCCCCGGGACCUCAGGGAGAACAAGGGUCAACCGGCAGGCCUGGUUUCCCUGGUUCUAACGGGCAGAGCGGACGACCAGGAGACAGAGGUCUGCCUGGAGAGAAGGGCGAGAGGGGGAGUCCAGGUGUUGGAAAUCAGGGGCCGAGAGGACCCCCCGGACCCCCAGGGUUGCCAGGUGAGGGGCGUACAGGCAGCCAGGGUCCUCUCGGUCGGCCUGGUAACCCGGGGUCACCAGGGAGGCCGGGCAACCCAGGCUCCGCAGGACCAUCUGGACCCCCGGGAUAUUGUGACCAGAACUCCUGUUUGGGAUAUAAUGUUGGAGUUCAACAGGACUAUGGCAAUGAUUACUGAGGAGCGUCCCCCCCCCCCCCCCCCCUCCCCCAGUCCUCCUGCCCGUGCGUCCUGUAAAGUCAAAGACAAGACUUCCAAGCAUUUUAAACUGCAGGAACUGCUUG